AUGAACCCGACACCGGACGUCGAGAUUCAGAGACGAGAGUCGCGCGAGAGCUACAAGGAUGUAGAUCGAAAGAAUGACAGGCAUUUGGGACCGCAAGAGCCACAGGUGGUGACAGUCGAAGAGCAGCGAGAUCUGAAGCGACAUCUUUCUCAAAGACACGUGUCUAUGAUCGCGCUGGCUGGAGCGCUAGGCACGGGUUUGUUCAUAGGCUUAGGGUCUUCCAUCCAGACCGGUGGACCAUUAGGAGCUCUACUCGGAUACUCGACGAUCGGUCUAUUAGUCUGCGCCGUCCAGUUCGCGCUAGGGGAGACUGCAGCUUUAUUUCCGCUGACUGGAGGCUUUGUCAGACAUGCGGACCUCAUCACCGAUCCUGCGUUGGGUUUCGCUGUGGGCUGGAACCUCGUCUAUGGUAAUCUGCUCUCCAUCCCCUCGGAGAUCACUGCUAUAUGCGUGCUCUUUCAGCUCUGGACGGAUGUAUCGCCAGCUGUCUUUAUCGUCAUCUUUAUCGUCCUCACCGUCGCUGUAGGCAUGGUCAACGUUAGAGUGUUCGGAGAGGUCGAGUUCGGCUUUGCAAUGCUCAAGAUACUUUUAGUCAUCUUUCUCAUCAUUUUUGGACUGAUCGUCAAUCUUGGUGGCGUACCAGGCACGGAGCGAAUCGGUUUCCGUUAUUGGGAGAAUCCGGGACCCUUUGUGGAGUAUGUGGCUGCAGGAGCCUGGGGACGUUUCUUGGGCUACUGGAGCUGCAUGGGAGCAGCGGUCUUUUCUUUCGCAGGUACGGAAUCCAUCGCAAUGGCAGCGGCCGAGACGCGCAACCCGUCUCGAGCACUGCCUCGAGCCUGCAAGAGGGUGUUCGCUAGAGUCUUGCUCUUUUACGUCUUGGCUGUGCUCGUCGUUGGUAUGCUCACUGCUAGCAACGAUGAAAGAUUGGGAAACGAUUCUGGAACGGCUGCUCAGAGUCCGUUCGUCAUUGCAGCCUCAGCAGCGGGCUAUCCUGCUGUUGGCUCAUUUGUCAACGCCAUCGUCAUCACUUCGGCAUGGUCUUCUUCAAACCAAGCUCUUCUGGCAGGUACGAGGGUGCUGUACGGUCUAGCACUCAAAGGUCAAGCACCGAGAAUCUUUCUGCGGACAACAUCUUGGGGCACACCUUAUGUCUGUGUAGCUCUAUUCGCAUCAUUCAUGUUCUUGGCCUUCUUGAGCCUCUCUUCUAGCGCUCUGACAGUCUUUUAUUGGUUGCUGGACCUUGUGGCUGCAGGGGUCUUGGUCUCUUGGAUCACCAUUCUGACCAAUCAUUUGCGUCUACGUCUUGCGCUCAAAAAGCAAGGUGUGGAUCGCACAGAGCUGCCGUGGUCAAACAGAUGGACUCUCCAUUCUUCCAUUGCUGGAUUGGUGUUUGCAGUCAUCGUGCUCUUGACAAACGGCUGGAAGGUCUUCACGAAGGGCCAUUGGUCACCUAGCGACUUUGUUUCGGCCUAUGUAGACAUUCCUCUCGUACUCACCGUCUUUGCUCUGUGGAAAUGUUUGAAGCGCACCCGCCACGUAAAGCUAGACGAGAUUCCGAUCCUCGAAGCGCUCAACGAGAUUCAAGAAUUCAACGGGGACGACGAAAACGUGGCUAGAGGUUGGAAACGCGCCAUCAGCUGGUUGUGGGAGUGA